UGAUGAACAGUGCUCUCUCUGCAGCUUACGAAGACUUCCCCCUUCAUCUUCACCACAUCAUCCCUCUCGACUUCAACUCAGCCAUAACUGUGCCUGAGUCUCAUAUUUGGCCCAAAUCUGAUCACGAUUUCGUCUCAUCCAAUGGCCACCAUCCUUCUCUUCCUGUUAUUGACCUAAAUGAUCCCCGAGUGACGCAGCUUAUAGGCCAUGCAUGCGAGACAUGGGGGGCGUUUCAGCUUGUUAACCAUGGCAUUCCUUUGAGCCUUCUAAACGACGCCGAGGCUGAGACCCGCCGUCUUUUCUCUCUCCCGACUAAACAAAAGUUGAAGGCCUUGCGUGCUCCUGGAGGAACCACUGGCUAUGGCAUCGCUCGUAUUGCUCCUUUUUUCACUAAGUUUAUGUGGCAUGAAGGGUUUACUAUAAUUGGUUCGCCUUCUGAUCAUGCUAAACUGCUUUGGCCUUGUGACCAUGCACAGUUUUGUGAUGUGAUGGAGAAGUUUCAGAAGACAAUGAGGAUUCUAGCAGGAAGAUUAACGAAGCUGAUCUUGAAAUCAUUAGACAUAACUGUGGAAGAUUUGAACUGGGUAGAUUCAACUUCAACUUCAACCACUGCUUUACAGCUUAACUCUUACCCUUCCUGCCCCAACCCAAAUCGGGCUCUGGGUCUGGCUCCACACACAGACACCUCCAUUUUAACGAUUCUACAUCAAAGCAGCAUAAGUGGCCUGCAAAUUUUCAAGGAAGAAGUUGGCUGGGUCUCGGUGCCUCCUAUUGCUGAUGCACUUGUUGUCAACGUUGGUGACCUUCUUCAUAUUCUUUCAAAUGCUCGAUUUCGUAACACUCUUCACCGAGUCUUGGUGAACCAGGAGCGCCAUAGAUUGUCAAUGGCUUUCUUCUACUGCCCGCCAAUGGAUUUCAAUCUUGUGCCUGUGGCUAAGUCGGGCCAAGCUCCUAAAUAUCGUUCGGUGGCCAUGAAAGAAUUUAUAAGCAUUAAGGCAAAGCAUCUGGAGAAAUCACUUUCUUUUAUUAAAAUUUAACAUAUAUAGUAAUAGAAAGCUUAUUAAUUUGCCUAAUAUUACCAGUUGUGCAUUGGCAUAUGAUGAUAAACCUCUGUAAAUUUCUUGGCAUUGUCAGUGUUAACUAGAAUUUUUGUUACUAAAAAGAAUCCUACCCUU